GCCAUAUGCCCAUCCCAAAAUGUCAACAAAUAAAGUGCAAUUGCUGUAUAAUAUCUGCAAUGAAAUUUUUUGUCACAAACAACUUCCCACUUUUCAACAAUUGAACUGCCUCAAAAACCAUCUCGACGAAAUAAAAGCUAUAGAUGUUGGAAUUGAGGAGUUGGAGGAGGCAGAAUGUUCAAUUAUAAGCCCAAGAGGAUUGAUUUAUGCCAAAGGAGUUUCAGAAAUAACUUACAUCCACAUUCAUGAAUGCGACUUCUUCUCUAUUGGAAUAUUUUGUUUGCCUGAAGGGGGGGAGCUGCCAUUACACGACCAUCCAGGGAUGACAGUGAUGAGCAAGCUUCUUUAUGGCUCUGUUCAUGUAAAAGCUUAUGAUUGGAUUAAAAUGCAGAUCAGCUCUUCUACUGACCGAACCUUUGGGUUGGGGAAGAAGGUGGUUGAUAAGGUUUGGAGUGCACCAAGUGAAGCAAGAGCUUUGUUUCCAGCAAGUGGAGGAAACAUUCAUUCAUUUAGAGCAAAGUCAGGAUGUGCCAUUUUGGAUGUGUUAUCUCCCCCUUAUUCUCAACACCUUGGAAGACCUUCCACUUAUUUCUCUGACUUCCCACUUCCCACUCUUCCUGAUUGCGCUAUGCUAGAAGAGAUAAAGCAGCCAGAAGAUCUAUACGUAGUUGGAGCACCUUAUCUUGGCUCUUCAAUAGUUACAAAAGGUGAUGAAACCUAUACAUAUCAUCAGUAUUUUUAGAUUAAAUUACAACUAAAGUAAGUGGCCGGUUUGCUCAAAGUUUAUCUCUUUUCAUGUAACAAUAGAAAAAUAUAUGUCUAACGUAGACAUGC